GUUGAUGGACCCAGCAAAGCAGCAGAAAGAAAGUAGUUCCCAGGAAGAUGACAGUACAGAGGAUAGUGAAGAUGAGUGGGAGGAAGUGGAAGAGCUCCAGACCUCUAUGCCAGAAGAACCAUCUGCCGCUCCCUUUCCUGAAUCCACCAUCCCUGCAAAACCACUCGAGAUUGAAAUCGAAAGCCCAGCACAUGCCAAGAACAAAGAGAGAAGGCCUGUGACCUAUAAUCACUUUUGAAUUUACUGCUGCCAUUAUCAGAAUUCAGCCU